CACUUUUCCUUCUCGCUCGCUGCACACGCAUCGUGGGUGUGCCUCCUUCCUUUGCGUGUGUAUAAGAAGCACAAGACGCGCGGUAGAAUUUGUCACCGCCGUAGAUUAUUGCUUUCGAUCUUGACUCGCGAGAUCAAGCCGAAAAGUGUGGUGCACGCGCACAGAGGGUUAUGGCGGAGGAAGCUAAGGCGCCCGCCGACGCAAUGUCGACGGUGGCAGAGGAGGCGCCGGUGACGGCCGAGCGGCCGGUCCGGGCAGACCUGGAGACACACCUCCCAAAGCCCUACUUGGCUCGAGCUCUGGUCGUGCCGGAUGUGUACCAUCCUGAAGGAGAGAGCGGGGAGGGGCACGAGCACGGACAGAAGAGCGUGCUGCAGCAGCAUGUGGCCUUCUUCGAUCUGGAUGGCGACGGCAUCGUCUAUCCCUGGGAAACUUACCGAGGAGUGCGGGCAUUGGGCUUCAACGUGAUCGUGUCGUUCGUGUUGGCAAUUGUCUUUAAUAUUGGUUUCAGCUUCCCAACUCUACCUAGCUGGAUACCAUCUCCCUUGUUGCCCGUAUACAUCAAGAACAUCCACAGGGGUAAGCAUGGUAGCGACUCCUCAACCUAUGACACAGAGGGAAGGUUCAUGCCGGUAAAUUUCGAGAGCAUCUUCAGCAAGUAUGCCCGCACGGCGCCGGACAAGCUUAGCUUCGGCGACAUCUGGAGGAUGACCGAAGGCAACCGGCUCAACUUCGACUUCAUUGGAUGGAUUGUGAGCAAGGGGGAGUGGAUACUGUUGUACGUGCUUGCCAAGGACGAGGAAGGCUUCCUCUCCAGAGAAGCUGUUCGCCGCUGCUUCGAUGGUAGCCUGUUCGAGUUCAUCGCCCAGCAAAGGAGGGACGCCCACGACAAGCAGCACUAGAGCGCAACGCUGUCAUCUUCAUGAGUAAAACUGUAGACCAGAUGGAUUACCUCAUGUAUAUGAAAUAAGAGAGGAAUGAGUACGAAGUUCGCAGAAUAAAGUUGUACACUUCUCAACUAAACUCGAGAACAUAAAUACUUGUACUGUGAUUGUUGAAUUUCCA